AUGCUGGUGAGGCUGACGAAUGCCUUUGUCCGUUUGGCUCAGGAAGUGAAAGCGCAGCUGAGCAAAGAAGCGGGCGCAGCCAAGAAGGCCCAGGAGGAUUUCCGCGACGUGCCGCCUUUAAGCGAGUGGGAGGCUUGCGUGCAAUGCAGCUUCUGCUCCAAGUGGAGGCCUUGUGGCACCACCGAAGCCCCGAAGCUCAUGGGCGCAGAUGCUGGCUUUGCCUGCAAGAUGGUGGGCUUCUCCUGCAACCAAGAGCAGCGGUACACCAGCCAGGAGAUUGACGCCGCCUUCUAG